ACGUGACCAUGCAAGAGUUGGAACACAAACAAAAGUCUCAAUCAUGAUAAGAGAAUUAAUGACUGUUUCUUAACUGUCCUGUUAAAACUGCUAUAUUCAUAAAGCGUCGCCGACAGACGAAAUUAUGAUGUCGUCUCGGCAUUAUUUCAUUUUGGCGAACCUUCUAAUUGCGCUCCAUGCUGAAAGUUCACUCGCUGUUGAGAGCGCAGAUUGUCUUAAUGACAUCGAUGAGUACAAAUUGGGACUGCUAAAUGGAGAACCGUGGGCCUUGAGAAUGUUCGACUCGGCGACGAAAAUGCCGAGCGGAAUUCUGGACGGAAACGUGCUCCAGAUGGGCAACUACGACGAGUGUCUGGCCGUCGAGGGACCCACCAACGAGCCGCACUUCACCGGCUUUUACUGUCGCGUGAAAAUUACAGAGUUGACUUUCUCGCAAGUGGCCGCGGUGGACACUUUGAAGGAACUCAAUCGGACACACAUAUUGCAGUUGAUGCAUUUGCCACUACUUCACUCCUUUGAAAAGUCGCAGGGUGGUAGUGUUGGUAAUAUUUUUCCGCAAUGGGCCGCUUGCGCCCCGUCGACAUGCGGCGCCGAAGGUUUGGAGACGGUGGCCAAGUACAACUUGGAUACCCUGUUGUCCGAAAUUGGUGGCUCCGUCCAGGUGGAGGCUGUGCAGAAAUCUUGCUACGCGAUUGGCGACGGCUCCGACGCAUUCGACCCGGCCGCCUGGGGCCUUGUGGGUUUAGCCAGCUUCCUUUGUCUUCUUGUAGUGAUCUCUUCGAGCUAUCAUUUCUACAUUGAAUAUAAAGAAAUUAAGCCAGCAAACAGAGCCCUCAUUGCGUUUUCCGCGCAGAAAAAUUUGGCUGAGCUUUUCCACAUACCGGAAAACCUACCGCCAGGGUCUAUUCCUUGUCUGAACGGACUAAGAGUUUUCAGUUUAUGCUGGGUUUUGCUGGGUCACAGAUAUUCCGUUCAAACGAACAACGCGAAUAUUAAUGCUCUUCAAAUAGUUAAUGUGCUGUACAAUCCUGCCAAUAUGAUUCUUCUGAACGCGUACCUGUCUGUAGAAACAUUUUUCUUCUUGAGUGGCCUUUUGGUGACCUACACAAACUGCGUCAGAGCCAACAAGGGCCAUGCCUUCAAUCUAAUUCACUAUUACGUUAACCGAUACGUCCGGCUGACCGUUCCGCUUUCGUUGUUGGUCUACUUUCUGGCCACCAUGUCCGACAAAGUGGUGCGUGGGCCUCUGAUGGACUUGUACGUCGAUUGGGACGCAUAUACAUGUCGCGAAAAUUGGUGGACCACUCUGCUCUACGUCAAUAACUACGUCAACAAUCUGAUCAUUUGCGGUGGUCAAUCUUGGUACUUGACGGUCGAUAUGCAACUCGCCCUUCUAGCACCGCUCUUGAUUUAUCCAUUGAUAAGGUGGCCAAAGCCGACAAUGUAUGUAAUCGGCUUUUUAACUUUGGCCUCGACGGCUGCCGUUUUCGCCACCACGUACAUCAACAACCUCUUUUGGUCAAACCCCUCGAGACCAGAGGCUAUAUUUUCCAACAGCGGUGUGGAUUACUGGCUGUACUUCUACAGCAACACUCCAAUGAGGGCAGGACCUUUCCUCGUUGGCAUGGCUGUGGGAUAUGUUUUGAGCAACAGGGAUUUCCUCAACAAGGUCAAGCUGACAAGCUGGCAGGUUUACUUGGGCUGGGCGCUAAACACGGCCAUGUGCCUGGCUGUUGUUUUCACCCUGGCCAUCGCGUACUCGAAGGAAUACGUGGACGACAGGCUCCAGGCGGCUUUUUACGGCUCAUUGCAUAGACUGGGAUGGUCCUUGGGACUUGCAUGGAUCGUCAUUGCAUGCUCAAUUGGAUGCGGAGGUUGGGUGAACAAGAUUCUUUCAUGGCGCUACUUCGGGCCCUUUAGCAAGCUGAGUUACUGCUACUUUCUAACGCACUACGUCAUCAUGUUCUGGCACGGAGGAACUUGGCGGAAUCCACACUACUUUUCGCAUUUUGAGAGUGUGCACGCGUUUUUCGGUGACCUCUUUGUCGUCUUUGCGCCGUCUUUGCUGCUCUACCUUUCAGCCGAGGCCCCAACAUCGGCACUUUUGAGACUAGCUUUCAAGAGGAAUUGAGAUGUAAUUGAUAUUUCAAUAAAUAAUUUUUUUUCAUUGG